GCAGUCUGUACGUUGCCGCGAUUCGAACAACGCGUGGACAAAGGCCUCUCGGUCUUCCUUUCGUUUUUUUUGUGUGUUUUUUUUUUGUUUUUAAUCUGAUGACACAUUUUUUUUGUGCGAUUUACAGGCAUAAUUAAUUGACAAGUUGUUAAACAUAUCUAUUAACAGAGCCCUGGCUUUUAAAUUACUCAUGCAGAGCGAGCGUAAAAAAAAAAAACCAAGAAAAAAAUAAGCGACAACAAAAAAAAUUAUCAAUUAAAAGCAAUUUAAAUCACACACGUUGAAAACGAUGCCCGCAAGAAAAAAUCACAGCCACAGUAAGGGCAAGAAACAUCAGCGGCACCACCAGACACAACGUCAGCCCCACCAAAAGGCUGAGGUGGACGAGGUGCAGGUAGAGGAGGAGGAGGAACCACUGGUAAUUCCCGCAUUUCGCAUUGAAAAAUCUGAGAUCUAUGGCCGUUAUUUGGUGGCCAAUCGUCAGCUGGAACCUGGUGAAUUGCUCAUCACUGAACAACCCCUGGCCAUAGGUCCGUGUGUAAGCGGGGAUCCGGUGUGUCUGGGCUGCUAUUCACCCGUGACUUUGGAUGCCAGCCAAUAUCGUUGUUCAGCCUGCGGCUGGCCACUGUGCGGCAGCAAAUGCAAGGGUUUGGAUACAGCAGUGGGUCACACUGCUGCCGAGUGUAAGGUCCUUGCUGGCCGACGAUCGCUGGCUGGAGAUCUAUUGACACUUGGCACAGCACCUGGUCAGGUGCGGGAUCUCUAUGAGCUGAUAAUGAUUGUACGAAUUCUGCUUUUGCGCCAGAAUGCACCCGAGCAAUAUGCUCUGGUGAUGCGCAUGGAAUCGCAUAGUGAGGAGCGUCGCAAGAAUGCCACCUUGUGGCAACAUUACGAGGAGAAGGUGGUACAGCGACUGAUCGAGCUGUGGCAAAUGGGCGAUUUGGCCGAGGCGCAGCAGCUGCAUGAGAUUUGCGGCAUUCUCGAUGUCAAUUGCUUUGAAAUUGGCCAGAACGGGGCCAAGGCGCGAACGCUAUAUCCGAGCGCCUUUCUGCUCGCGCACGACUGCAGUCCGAACACGGCGCACACCGAUGAUCCCGGCACAUAUGCAAUUUUGCUGCGCACUUCGCGGCGCGUGCACGAGCAGGAGGCGUUGACGCUCAGCUAUGCGUACACGUUGCAAGGGACCCUCAAGCGGCGCUCCUUCAUGCAUGAGGGCAAGCUGUUCUGGUGCCAAUGUCGUCGCUGUGCCGAUCCCAAAGAGCUGGGCACCGAUUGCAGUGCCCUGGCCUGCCGCUCCUGCCAAUUGGGUUCGAUUCGAGCGGUUCAACCAUUGAAGCAGACAGCCGACUGGGCCUGCGAUCGUUGCAAACGGCAAGUGAGUGCCCAGGAAGUGGAACAUCAGCUGGAUCGCAUCAAUAAUGAUCUGGAGGCCAUUGAUGUGCAUGACAUUCCGGGAUUGGAGAACUUUCUGAUACGCUAUCGUGAUGUAUUGCGGCCCAAUCAUUAUCUACUACUCUCGGCCAAAUAUUCAUUGUGCCAGAUUUAUGGUCGCAUCGAGGGCUAUUUACUACCCCAAAUGCAACUGGAAGAUAUAGCCCGCAAGGAACGCUAUUGUCGCGAAUUUUUGGCCAUAGUCGAUGUGCUCGAACCGGGCUUAACACGUCUACGAGGACUCAUAAUGUAUGAACUGCAUGCCCCAAUUAUGAUCUUGGCCCAAAUAGCCAUCCAAAAGGGACAAAUUUCGGCCAAGGAGUUUCAAUGCCGCAUCAAAGAGGUCAUCAAAUUGCUGCAGCAAAGUCGUGAUAUACUUAAACUUGAACCCCAAGGAUCCAAUGAACAUGAAAUGGGCUCAGCAGCAGCCGAUGCACUUAUCAAAAUGGGUUCUAAAUAACUUUUAUCCCAAAUAGAAAUUCGAAAUUCAAACAGCAAA